CACAAAAAGUCGAUUAAUCGAUUAGAUCCCUAUACCCCUAAUUCACACAUAAAUAUGAGUGAUUUGGAGGAGGAAGUUUCCAGGGGUAUUAACAAAAUACUAUGUCUUCAACAACAAGACUGCAAAAGCAAUCAUGAUGUGCUGGUGGAAAACCUAAGAAGUUUAAGAAAUCUUUGUGCUCGUGGCUCUCAAGUUCAAUGCCUAAUAGCCACCAAUCAGUACCUACAAGAAUUCCUUCAUAAGCUGUUGUUCAACAGUGCGUACUUCGAUGAUCAAGACUUGCAAAAACAAAUACAAACUAUUUCAUGGCAGCUGAUGGCGAAUGUGUGUGUCAAUAAUGACCAGACUCAGACCCUUGUGUGGCAGCACCAUGGAGCUGGAAUUCUCUAUGUGUGUUGUGAUCUACAGAAACCCUUGGACCGCAAUAUUGAUAUCUGCUUGAUGAUAGUUUACAAUAUUAUAAAGUUAAGAGGGGAAUCGGUCCUCCCAUAUCCUGUUGUCCUGAAGACAGUGGUCAGUGUGUGGCGUAAGAUUUUGGAACAGAAAUCUCAUUCGCAAUUCGAAUUUCUACAUUUCAUAUUUGAGGAAUUUCUGGUAAAAGAUGGCCGAGGUUGUGUACGAUCAUACGCUCAAUUGGAUUCUGCAGAAAGGUUGGCUUUUCUAGACUAUGUUCACAACUACAUAUCUAAUGAUUGUCCCAAUGGUCAACUACACGCAUUCUUCCUGCAGCAUAUUUCGAAGGAAUUCAAAAUGAAAUCAGAUUGUAUUUUGAGGUUGUCAUCUCAGCAAGAUGUUGAGCGCAUGCAACCCCGCGAGGCGUAUGCAUUGCUGCGUUGUAUUGCCCUAGCUUCUGGUUCUGAGUUAUAUGCCCAGACAUACUCCACAGAUCAUUCGCUGUUUCUAAAUGUGUCCAGUUUACUGAGGUGCCUGAUAACGGUGGGCAAAGAAAUGGAGAAAAACAUAUUUACACCCAUGAACAAGUUGGAAGAAGUAGCGCCUUCUUCUCAAAUAUCCAAUGAUUUCCAGAAUGAAAUUUCUUAUGGUCUGAAAACACUGCUUGUAAGAUGUGUGGCAAAUCUGCUUUACAAUAAUCCUACAAACCGAGGCUACUGUCUUGAUACUCAACUAAUGCCUGCUUUGCUAGAGUGCACCACCAUGGAUGCUAGAAAUCCUUUAAUGAAAGAGUGGAGUAUUUUGGCCAUACGCAAUGCUUGUGCCGGAUGCCCCGAAAUUCAACAACUUAUUGCUAAUCUUACCUCACAAGGUCCAGCCAAGAAUGAUAUUCUAACUGAAUUGAAUUUAGAAAUGGGGUCUCUAAGAAUAAGCCCUGGGAAAUGAAGACCACGCUUUGGUGGCACGGCUUUAAAUAAUAACAAACCCUUUUUUGAGUAAUAGGAAGUUGUUGACAAUUUGAAUAGAGCUUUGGAAAUUAAAAUUUAUAAAUUUAAAUAACAGGGUGA